CCAUGCCACUUUGAGAUGGGGCAAGGACCGAUUCCCGCUAUGGCAGCCCAGCCCGUCCCAGUCUCAAAGCAGACCAGGGAGGUGGUGGGAGGCAUCCCAACGGAGGUGGUGUGCACUGCCUUUGGAGCCACGAUCCUGGUGGUGGUGACCCAGUAUGGAAAGAUGGGGACUCUGGUCUCAGUGGAGCCUGAUGCGGUAGCUGAAGGGAUCAGCAGAUCUUUGUGGACCACCAAAGUUCUCCUCGGCAAAGAUGAGCCUCUUGUCCACAUCUCCGCCAAGCACCUGGUGACCUCGGUGUCUCAGGAAGCUGGCAACAAGGCCGUUCUACUGGCGAUGGCUCUGAAGGACAGAAGCAUUGAAGGCAUCCGGACGCUGAAGGAACUCAUCCACCGAUGCCGUGUGUGGUGAUGGUGGGCCAGAAGAAUUCUUUGGAUGCCAGAGACACCUGGCUGAGUUUUAUAGCACAUCGGAAAUAGUUCAAAUCACAAAUAGUAUUCAACUCUCCUCCUAUUGAGGGUUUCUCCUGCAUCCUUUCUCAUUCUGAAAGCGACCCGAAUAAAUUCAGAAUAACUUUGCUGUCGUCUUCUGAAACUACAGUAUUUUGUUCUUGCUUGAUGAAAACAAU